AACCUACCCAAAUUUUCCUUCCGCAAAGCGCGAGUCGCGUUCAUUCGGGGCGUCGAUACUAUUUCGUCGACUGACUCCAUGCGGCAUGCGACAGCUAACUUAUGUUACUUUGUCGCCGUUUACUUCCUCGAGUAUACACCCCGAUCCGUGUUUACGCCCAACAAGUAAUUGGCAGCCAGAUCCAUGGCAAAGCUUUAUCUCGCUCGAGACUUGCCAAUGUCACUGUACACAAUGCAUUGCCGGAGGCUGUGGAAUUGGCGCCUAUGCUUCACCGGAAGUACGCUAUUGAGAAAGAGCUGUUGGAAAGAGUUACCUGCAUUUCAACAUGGUUACCCCCCCGGGUGUCGAAGAAGUCUCCACAAGUGGAAAAAAUGGUGGAAGCUCUACCCGACCCUUUUGCGGCCUACGCGGAACUGCGAAGACAGGACAGGGCGCUGGCCGCGUCUUUACCUCUCCCUAUACUUGUCGCCCUCUCCGAGAAGGCCACAAAGCAUGGACUAUCGACUAUCGUGGAUAGUAUUGCUGCAGACGUACUGGAAGAGCUUAUCACCACCUCAAACCGCCAGCUCCGAGUCGCUACGGCGUUACUGUCAGCGACACACCGUGAUUCGCCCAUUCUUGGCAAGCAGAAAAUUCACUCCCUCCUUGUCAUCCUUCAUCAACUCGACGCGCUUUCUGAAUUAAGUACCGCAAAUGUCUCCACAAUCGUCAAGCGUAUUGUCGACAACUCCGGCAUAGAUCCGUACGAUGCAAAGAUCGCGGACAUCCUCCUCCCUAUUUUCCACCAAUCCCUUAGAAAACAUUCCGCUCCCAAAGGUACAAAGUCUAUGUCCUAUCGCCCUCCGGGUGAUGUUGCCAUAGCUUUUGGCCUUAUCCAUAAGUUGAUCGCAUUCGACCGAGACCGACACGCGCUCCACCUUUUCCAGACUCUCACUGAGACCUGUCAUAUCCCCGUAGAAGCCUUCACAGAAGUACAUCACAUGUUUGCAAAGGACGAGAAUUUCGCCUUUGUAAUCAGAUCGACACUGGUCAGAGCCUGUCUCCACUGGGGCUGGUACCAUCGCGCACUUGACAUCGUUGCCACUGCAAUCCGGACAAGGGUUUGCGCUGAUGUUGCAGUCACCGAACUGGCGCUUAGCACGCUACACCUUACUCUGCAUAACGCAUCUCCCGGUCAUUUCAAACAUUGUGCAUGGCUUAUAUGCCAUCUCAUCAAAUCUGCCGGCAAUGUUGUUGUUCCAGAUAGCAUGGUUCGCCUAUUCUAUGACAAAGCCAUGCAGUUGCAAGAUGGCCCAUCCGCGGAAGUUUUUUACCGGGAUACGCAAUCCCCAACAGUCAUUCGGAGGAUCAAGUAUCCUCUUCCACGAGGGCGUUCAUUGACGUGGCUCAUGAACCAUCUUACAAUCACCAGCCGGAACGUGCACCUUGCUAGGACAUUAGCCAAGCAAGUGAUCGACGAGAUGGAGCCAAUUCCUCUACAGGACCGGGCUCAUUUCAUUACCCUCACUGCAUCCCAUGGUUUCGCCACCUCUGCACGUACGUUGUGGGAGCGUUAUUCCGUCGGAAGGGAUCGUGGAGUGGUCCUGGGCAAUGCUUCCUUGAUGCUGCGGAUGGUCGGCAUUUUUUCCAAGCUCAUAUUUCGCACCAAGACCAAGAUAGACGAGCCGACACCAAGCCAAGAUGAGGCCGCCCAAAGCACAGCUUUGACGCUUGAAGAGCAGCAGAAGCAAUUAGACCAUUUACUUCAGUUCACCGAACGGGUCAUCGCCGACUUUCGCAUGUCGAAAGGCUCUUUGGAAGAAACAUCUCAUUAUGAUCUGAGCACAUUGGCCCGUGCCUACAUUACGCUUGGACGUGUUUCCGAAGGUCUGGAUAUGCUCAAAGUCCUCCUUCAGCGCUACGAAAUUCCAGACAUCUACGAUAUCAACAUCGCUAUAUCCGCCAUGGCUGAGCUUCAUCCAAGGAAGGCAGUGAGCAUCAUGAAAAAGAUGGUUGAACGAGGCAUACGCCCUGAUGCAGUGACGUUUGGAACCAUUAUUCAUCAUGCCAUCCUUCAUGGCGAGUUGAGGCUCGCAGGCUACUUGAUUGGUCGUGCCAAAGAGCUUGGUUGCGAGGAGCUGUCAGCCAAAACCACGGCUUCGCUUUUAAGGGCAAGCGUAAACGUGGACGGGGCUCCCAAGUCGAUUUUGAAGGAUAAUCUACAGCGCGCCUGGGAGAUCAUUCAGUCUGGGGACAUCUCGAGCGUCGUACACACCCCCAAUACCGGGAAAUACUGCAUAUUUGCAUCGCUCCGCCUUGGUGACCCCGUGAUGGCGUUCAGGUUCUGGGAGAUGCUGGUGAAGGGGAAGACUGAAUGGGGGGACAGGAAACAGGUGUUCCAACGACGCCUGAUUGCCGAUAUGAUCCAACGACACUGCCAAGAAGGUGCGCUGAGUCGCAAUCGUGGUCGACAGAUGCUUGCUCAGCUGGAGGAGAGGAGGGUGCUGUAGGUCGCUAUGCGGAUUGCAAAUAGUAGACAUAAAUUAUUCAUCUCACAUAAUGACGUCAAGGAAUUUAUAUACGGCACUGCUCAAAUUGUGUCGCGCAGGUGUAAAACGAAUAUUGGACGACUCCAGCAUGCCUGAGUGUCUGAUUCCAGCAGCUAAUCAUUAAUCAUCUGUGAAUUCGAUAUGCAGGACAAAUUUAAUUUGUAUGCAAUAA